AUGGAGCCCAGUCCAGCAGUACCUGCCUACAUCCUGCGAGGUCACGAAGCCGCCGUCCAUGCCCUUCACUUCUACGCCGACAACGCACUACUUGCCUCCGGAGACAGCGACGGGUGGAUGGUAAUAUGGAGUCUCUCGUCCAAACGACCCGUGGCUGUAUGGAAGGCGCACGAGGCGGGCAUCUUGCACAUCGAGCAUUGGACGACAGGCAGACUUGUAAGCCACGGAAGGGACCAUAAACUCCGCGUCUGGCAACUUCGACAGGAAGAUCUCGCGGGUCUGAGUACAAAACUGCCGUCUGAAUCGGAUGGCUCAGCAGCAGCAUCAUCAUCUUCAGACCAUCCGCAGCCAUGGCUACUUCAUUCCAUGUCGGUCAACGCCCUCAAUUUUUGUGCCUUCUCCAUAUGCCACCAGGAUCCCCGACAACCAGCAAGCGAGGAAGCCGCCCCUCAACUCAUUGCCUCGCCGAAUGGCCUCGACUCAGGGGGCAUUGACAUCUUCCAACUGCCAUCAGAAAGACGAGUGUCGCAGAUCAGGUCAGACAAGGACAGCCCUACGGGGAUGGUGAUGGCUGUCUGCCUCUUCCACCAGACGACCGACACUGCUUCACGACUCGUGCUUGUCUCGGGCUACGAGGACGGACGAAUCACUGUGCACAGUCAUGCAGGAGAUCUCAGCAACCCAAACAGUUCGGAGAGAUGGCAAAAAAUCACCAGCUGCAAAGCGCACACGCAGCCCAUUUUAUCGCUCGCCAUGCUCCCCUCCAAGACACACUUUCUCACGUCCAGCGCCGACUCGCUCAUCUCCAAAUUCUGUCUACCUUCACUCAGCAAUGUCGAAUCAAAGGACCUGGAAAGCGAAAAGUCCCUCAACACAAAACAUUCCGGCCAGCAGGGGCUCAGCGUGCGCUCCGACGGCAAGAUCUUCGCCACCGCGGGCUGGGACGGGCGAGUGCGCGUGUAUUCGUGCAAGACGAUGAAGGAAUUGGCGGUGCUGAAGUGGCAUAAAGUUGGAUGCUAUUCCACCGCUUUUGCGAUCAUUGAUCCUAUUGUGACUCUCGAUGCGGAUGUCACGGAAGAUGUCCCUCCUUCUUCAUCUGCUAGUCCCGGUGGAAACGCAGUGUUAUCGAGCAAUACUGCCACAAAAGAUCUCACACAGCCCAGGAAUGCGCUCGACAUGAUAAAGCAACAACGGGAAGAGAAAGCCCGACGGACGCAUUGGCUAGGUGCUGGCGGUAAAGAUGGCAAAAUUUCAUUGUGGGAUAUAUACUGA